AUGAAUACAUACAAUGAAAUUCAGCUUCAGUAUCGAGAAAAAUGCAAAGACCGCAUACGUCGAAAGCUCAACGUCGAACAGGAAUUAGAAGAUAUGCUCGAAAAGAAAAACCCUGAGAUAUUCACUCAGGCUAUAAUGGCCGACACUGAAGCUGCCAAACGUUCCUUGUCGGAUAUUGAAGCAAGGCAUGCGGAUAUUAUUCGAUUAGAAAAGAGUAUAGAAGAGCUUCGAGAUCUGUUCAUGGCUGUAUCGUUGAUGGUUGAUCAGCAGAGCGAACUAAUUGACCGAGUGGAAUACAAUGUGAAUAAAGCGGCGGAUUGCGUUGUGCAAGCCAAAGGAAAACUAGCCAACGCGGUGCAACAGAAUAAAAAGGGUCGCCGGCGCAAAAUUAUCUGCAUCAUCAUUCUCGUUGUUUUAGCCUUUCUGGCGAUCAUUACCAUUGCCUCAGCAAUUGGCUUGACGUGA